AAUUAAUAUGGGCCAAUAAAUAAUUCUUAUCCCAAACUUUAAUUUUGUCAAGAUUCUAAAGUCAAAAAAGCCCAAAACAAACAAAAACCGAGGAAACUACUAUAAUCAUCUCAUUCUCACGCCUAAAGCGCUUCGAACUUUCAGAGUGUCAGUUGAAUUUGCUAAAUGGAGAAAGAACGACUGUCAUCAGCGCCGGCAGCCAUUUCCGGCGAGUUAGGAGAGGAGCAGGCUCGGCUAUACGAAGCCUAUAAUGAAUUACACAGCUUGGCUCAGGAAUUCCAGACGCCAUUCGACGCCCCUGCUGUGCUGGUGGUGGGUCAUCAGACUGAUGGGAAAAGCGCGCUGGUGGAGGCUCUAAUGGGUUUCCAGUUCAACCACGUCGGCGGCGGAACCAAGACCCGACGACCCAUUACGCUUCACAUGAAGUAUAACCCGGAAUGUGACUUCCCCCUUUGUCAUUUGCUCUCUGACUCUGACCCUUGUGUCGACCAGCAUUUGUCACUUCAGGAAAUUCAGGCAUAUAUUGAAGCUGAAAACAUGAGGUUGGAGAAAGAGCCUUGUCAGUUUUCUGCCAAAGAAAUAAUACUGAGGGUGGAGUAUAAGCAUUGUCCCAACCUCACCAUUAUAGACACUCCAGGACUAGUUGCUCCAGCACCAGGUCGGAAGAAUCGAACUUUGCAGGCCCAAGCUCGUGCUGUAGAAUCUCUGGUGCGAGCUAAGAUGCAGCAUAAAGAGUUUAUUAUUCUAUGCCUUGAGGACUGCAAUGAUUGGAUUAAUGCAACUACAAGGAGGGUCGUGAUGCAGAUUGAUCCUGAGCUGUCGAGAACUGUCCUAGUUGCAACCAAACUUGAUACUAAGAUACCUCAGUUUGCACGAGCUUCAGAUGUUGAGGUUUUUCUUUCCCCACCUGCAUCUACCCUUGAUGGUUUCAUGCUCGGUGGUUCCCCAUUUUUCACCUCUGUCCCUUCUGGAAGAGUAGGUUCUGGGCCUGGAUCAGUCUAUAAAUCAAAUGACGAGUUUAAGCAGUCUAUUUCUUUAAGAGAGACGGAGGAUGUGACAGCAUUGGAGGAGAAGCUGGGUAGAUCACUUUCAGAGCAGGAAAGGAGCAGAAUAGGGGUGAGCAGUCUUAGGCUGUUUCUGGAAGAGCUUUUGCAAAGAAGGUAUCUGGACAGUGUACCCUUAAUCAUUCCACUUCUUGAAAAAGAAUAUCGGAGCAGCACAAGAAAGCUAAAAGAUAUAAAUCAGGAGCUAAGCUCGUUGGAUGAAACAAAACUGAAGGAGAAGGGGCGGGCUUUUCAUGAUUUGUUCCUGACAAAGCUGUCACUGCUUUUGAAAGGAACAGUUAUUGCUCCUCCAGACAAGUUUGGUGAAACCCUACAAGAUGAGAGGGUGAAUGGAGGAGCAUUUGUUGGAAGUGAUGGUCUUCAGUUUCCUCACAAAUUGAUACCGAAUUCAGGAAUGCGUCUUUAUGGAGGUGCUCAGUAUCAUCGUGCAAUGGCCGAGUUCCGUUUUGUUGUUGGUGGAACCAAAUGCCCUCCAAUAACGCGUGAAGAAAUUGUAAAUGCAUGUGGAGUGGAAGACAUUCAUGAUGGAACAAAUUACUCUAGGACAGCCUGUGUAAUUGCUGUUGCCAAAGCCCGUGAUACAUUUGAACCUUUUCUUCACCAGUUGGGAAGCAGGCUGUUGCACAUUCUGAAGAGAUUGCUUCCCAUCUCUGUUUAUCUUCUUCAGAAAGAUGGCGAAUAUCUUAGUGGUCAUGAAGUCUUUCUCAGACGUGUUGCCUCAGCCUACAAUAGCUUUGCAGAAUCCACUGAAAGAUCAUGUCGUGAAAAAUGUAUGGAAGAUUUAAUCAGCACCACGCGCUAUGUUUCAUGGUCCCUCCACAAUAAGAAUCGUGCAGGAUUACGUCAGUUCUUAGACUCAUUUGGUGGAUCAGAACAGUCUGCCACGGGAGGUAAUCUGGUAGCUGCCAAUCUUUCUCAAGAGUUGUCAUCUUUGUCUGUGAAUGGUGAUAAGUCAAGCCAAGGGCAAACAACAGAGACGAGAUUGGCUGACCUUUUAGACAGCACCCUUUGGAAUAGGAGGCUUGGUCCCUCUUCUGAAAGGAUUGUGUAUGCCUUGGUUCAACAAAUUUUUCAUGGCAUAAGAGAGUACUUUUUGGCAUCUGUAGAGUUGAAGUUUAACUGUUUCCUCCUCAUGCCUGUUGUUGAUAAGUUACCUGCACUUAUUCGGGAGGACCUGGAAUCUGCAUUUGAAGAUGACCUUGACAAUGUGUUUGACAUUACUAACCUGCGCCAUUCGCUAGGACAACAGAAGCGGGAGACAGAAAUAGAGCUUAGACGUGUAAAACGGCUAAGGGAGAAAUUCAGACAAAUCCACGAGCAACUAAUUUCACACGAGGUUGUGUCCAAGGCGUAAUACGUUUGCAAAUCCAUUGUGAAGAAUAGAAGCAGCAACGGAUUAGUGCCUGGCAAACUCUUAUGUUUCAGUUGGAUUUCGUAGCAAAAUGCGAGUAACAUCUGUAAAAACUCGUACACUCCACUUUCUGUUAAUUUUCUAGGAUCCUCUUAUCAUCUCAAGAUUGUCGUGCAAAAUGCAAUCCAGUUCGUGAUAUUUCUCUCAUGCUUUAGUUCUUGCUUUUUGUUGGCUGUGCAAAGCAAUUUCCUGAUAACCAAAUCAACUUUCGAUUUGGGAAAUGGAAUCGAAUGCGAUAAACACUCUACAAACAUACAC